CAAGCUGCUGCCUGGCUCACCAGGUGACCUUGCCUAAAUCAAUUAGCUUCUGAGAGCCCAGUUUCCUUAUCCAACUAAAAUUAAUUAGCACUGUGCACCUCCAGAGCUGUCAUGAGGAAAAACAGAUCCAGCAGCUGCCUCUGACACACACUGGACUCUGGGCUGCCAGGCCCUCUCCCCUCCCGCCAUGCACACUCACCCUGCCCAGGGCCCAGGAGGACGAAGGCUCUCCCGCAUCAGGGGAAGCCCAGAUCCCAGUGGAGCUGACCCAGUAGAAGGCCUAGGACCAUAAAAGGACCAUCAGAGACCCCCAUAGGCAAAAUUCCAUCCAUUGGAGGGGCAUCUUCUGCAGUGGGGACCGAGAAGCAAGAAUCAGGAAGGGAGUGAGACUCUGACACUCCACCGGCCCCACCCCCACCCCAGUGUGAGUCCUGCCCAGCAUGUUGAGACUGUGCCCUGGACCACUAGGGGAGAGACAAGCCAGGCCCCGUGGACCCAGCCAUACUCCCCCCACAUACUCUGGCAGCUGGGCCUGGAGCAGGGGUGACCAGGACCCCUGGGGAUGCAGCAAUGGCCUUAAAAUGCUACACCUGUUUCGAACCCACGGGUGUGUCCAGCUGCAUCACCAUCACCAACUGCGAUGCCAACGAAACUAUGUGCAAGACCACGCUCUACUCCCGAGAGAUUGUGUACCCCUUCCUGGGAGACUCCACAGUGACCAAAUCCUGCGCCAGCAGGUGUGAGCCCUCGGAUGUCGACGGCAUUGGCCAGACCCGGCCAGUGUCCUGCUGCAACACUGAGCUGUGCAACGUGGACGGGGCGCUCUCCCUGGGCAGCCCCCACAGCCUGGCCCUCGCCCUCACGCUCACCCCGCUCCUGGGGCUCCUGCUGUAGAGCCCUGCCCACCCUACUGCCCCACCAGUGCCCGGCCCCACCCUCUGCCUUGAAGAAAUACAGCUGCCUCCGGAA